AGUUACGACGGCGUUCAAUAACUACCGUGAACCAGACACGACUAUCGUACAAUCUGUCACUCGACAACGAAUAUCGACUUCGUUCAUUGUCAUCAACAUUGAAAAUACUCAGUCCACCAGACUCGCACAGCUUGACGGUAUACAUGAUAUGGAUGAACGCGUUGGAUUAGACAGCGAACUCAUCAUAAUGUCCGAACCGAAUACGGAAGACGACGACGAGUUGCCGAUGAUGCCCUUAUUUGGUAAGUAGCGUUUCAAACAUCAUUGAUAUAAAGACAUUUUCCUGAUAGUAAAGCUAAUUUAAAUACCUAACAAUUCGAUAUGCAAAUAGUUUAAUACUCUCUGUCAGUGUGGGCAGUACCAAUGUGAAAUUGCUGUGCUGUGUCAUAUUACUACCUGAAAUAAACAAGCAGAAACUCGACGUUUCGAGCGAAGGCCCUUCGUCAAGAGUUAGUAGUAUAUAUCUUGUCAUCUGGAAUAUUUUGGCUUUAAAUUAAAGGAUACUCCAUUCAGUUGUAGCGUUCAGAUCAGUCGUUUUCCUCCAGUUUUGCACCGGCUACACACGUAAAAACGCACAAGUUGUUACGAGCCUUCAAACAAGUUGUUGCAAAUCUGUUCACUAGCUGUUGACAAGUGUGUUCGCACUGCUUGUUCCCAGUUGUUGUAACAAGUUUGGAACAAGCUGUCAACAAGUUGUAACAAGCUUGAUGGCAUUAUCUGACUUGAUUAUUAUCAUGAUUAUUAGAUUACACUGAUAUCGAAGGAACUAGAGUCAGUUCCGAAAUAUCGCAUACUCGAACCGACCUGACCGCGUAGCUCAGUUGGAAGAGCAUUGGGCUAGUAUUCCAAAGGUCGUAGGUUCGAAUCCCACCGUGGCCAGGCAUAUUUUUCAAGCCUGCCCGGUGUAGAUAUACACUCAGAGUAACAUCACACAAGCAUAUUAUCUGACUUGUUACAAGGUUGUUCUAAUAAGUCUGAUACAGUCAUGAUAUAACAAGAAUGUUACAAGGUUGACGACAAAAAGUUUGUAAAAGUAUUGUUAUAUCAUGACCAUAUCGGACUUGUUGGAACAACUUUGCAACAAGUCUGAUAAUAUCAACAAGCUUGUUACAAGUUGUUAACAGCUUGUUCCAAACUUGUUGACAACUUGGGACAAGCAGUGCGAACACAACUUGUUGGCAGACUUGUUACAAGAUGUCGGAUUUUUGCGUGUGUAGGUCUCAAUCUCCAAGCGCGUGUAUCAUUAAUAUCUGCCUGGGGUCUCUAUAUAACAGACAUGAAUUAAAAGUAAAUGAAUAAAAUCCUUUGCAGGUACAAUCGGAGGUAUCUUUCCACCAUCAAGAAUUACUCAGUUGCACCACGACCUAAGAAGCUCGUCACCGCACGAGCGACCUUCGUCAGCGCCGAUGUUAACAGAUCCCGUGACUUCAUCCUUUGUUCCUAUUGGUCUACAUUCUCCACAUCCCAGCCAAUCGGCGUGCAGCGAUGAGCAAAGCGAACAGGAGAAAAAUUUUGGUUUCCCGCUUGCUCACGGGCGUGUUUACACCACGGCACCUCUUGGUCCAGCGUUCAAACAGUUUUCUCGCGAUGAAAAUGCUGAUGGCAAUUCUCCCGUUGUUCUAAAGGUAUGCUGAUUUUUAAAUCAUUGAAACCCAGCCCGUUUCCCUUUAACAAGUAAAAUAAUGUUAUUAGACAGAGUAAAAUAGCAAAGUACAGUAGGGCAAUGAGCAGGGCACAUUGCCCCCACAAUCAUUAGAGAGUUUGGCAAAUACAAGGGCAACGGCAACUGCAAUACGGUCAUCAACAAUAGCAUUAAUCCUCAAAGACAAAGGCGAAUGUAAAUUACAUGGUCUUAAGCGUUGUGCAAUGCCGUAGUUGUUGAAAAGAUUUUCACGUAGAUUUUCACGGUGCAUGAUUACGGCAACAGUUAAUUCGUUCGAUGUUAUUUGAGGUGUUUUAUUUGAAUUCGCGGACUAUUUUUACUUAACGGUACGUUUGAAAGAAACAGGAAUACUUAAAGAGGCAAAUUAAGUGUAGUAACGUAUACUUUGGCUAAAAUACAACAAUAUAAGCAAUUAUAUUUUCGCCGUUGCCGUUCUAGGUUGCCAAACUCUCUAAUGGCAUUUAGGGAGCGGUCAUUAUUUAUGGUGGGGGGUUGGCACCGAAGAGAAAUGUUUUUCUUGGUGAUGUUGCUGAUCCAACCAUUGAAAAGUCAAAAAAAAAUUUACCCAACCUCAAAUAUCAAUUAAAAAAUUAAAUACCAAUCUUUUGCCAAAAACGUUCCAAAAGUAUACCAUUCAGGUGUCACACAUGUCCCUUACCUGGAAAUUCUGGUGAUUCCAUACGGAAAGUAAAUGGAACAAGCAUAUUUCGAUUGCCCAACCGGAACUUUUCCGGAAUGAACGAUUUGUUUGAAAAGGUUGUCCUCUCUUACCGAGUGGAGCGUUUCAACCGGUGAAUUUUGUUCCAUUUACAUCUUUUUUAUUUUUUCACCAGUUCCAGGCUCUUCGCGAUUUAAUUCAAACCGGAUGGGUUUUCUAUGUAAAUGAUAAACAACCCUUCAAAAGCGCAUAAUCCGAAAGGGAUUUUCUUUUCGAAGUUUUGCUUACGUUUAGCACAAUUUCAAACCGGAUGCGUUUUUUAUGUAAAUGGUAAACAACCGUGAGCUUGAUAACUGCCUGUGCAAUUUUCUGCAGUCUAAAAUUUCAUUGUUGUCAUAGAUUUGGCGGAAUUGUCAUACUAUAGUAUAUCUCUAUUUCUUUAGGCUACACUUCUACUACACCGUGUUGAUGAGGCAGGUCGUCAAGGCAAGCAUGUGUUGAGCUCUAGUGCACAUACCAACGUCUUAAGGUAGGUUUGAUUGCAUUUAGUGAUAUCUUAAACAUGAAAAUCCAGUACAAUAAGCUACCAUGGUUUUUGUCUGAACUACCUGAAAAAGUUAUCUCAAUUGUGGAAGUCCAGUGUAGGUCUCAACUAUUUGAAAAAGAUAUGUCAAACGUGGUGGUCCAGUGUAGGUAGUAUUCUACAAUAAGCUGUCGUGGUUUGUGUCUCAACUAUUUGAAAAAGAUAUAUCAAACGUGGCGGUCCAGUGUAGGAAGUAUUCUUCAGUAAGUUGGCGUGGUUUGUGUCUCAACUACCUGAAAAGAUAUCUCCAACGUAGGGUCCAGUGUUGGUAGUAUUCUACAAUAGGUUGCCGUGAUUUGUGCUGAACUACCUGAAAACGAUAUCUCAAACGUGUAGGUAGUAUUCUACAAUAAACAACUAUAAGCUGCUUUGGGUUGUGUCUUUGUGCACGGUGUCACGCGAGUUGGGAGAAGAUGUGUAGCUCAAGUUAAAGAAUAGAGUAUAAGAAAGCAUCUUGCUAUAACUUUAACAUUUUAUCAUCUAGAUAUAUCUUGGAACAGUAUGACGCUCUGUCAUGGCUCACAGUGGAUUCGGUUUCUGAAGACAGAACUUCGUGCCUUCCGGUACAUUAUAUAACGUUAUCACAAAUGACACAAGCUUUUAAUGGCUUGCUAUGCUGAGGCAAACCCCACAUUCACACCACAAGAAAUAAAUUAUAACCCGUAUUGUAACUUAUUGUCAUCACUAAGUAAUCUUCCACAAUUAUAUGCAAGAACACCGCGGAAAAAUUAAGCAGUAUUUUAAAUUAAAAAAAUGAGAAUGAAUUAGAUUUCAAGGCCUAACUUCGGCCACAAACUAUAAGUAGUUCAACUUGUUUUCGACUCGAAAAACACGUCUUUUAAACAGGACAAACUAGUUUUGUUGAACAAGACAAACAUUCUUAAAACAAGACCGACAUGACCUUACACAAGACGGGAUUAAAGCAAGUCGAACUUGCUUUUUAAACAAGACAAACAUAUUUUUAAAACAAGACAACCGAAACAAGACAACGUGUUUUUGAAACGAGACAAACGCGUUUCUAAACAAGAUAAAGUUCUCUACAUGGGUUAAUUUUGAAUGAAAUUGUCCUAUAAACGAUAUAUUUUGGAAACUAUUUAUUUUAAAGAUAUAUGUUUCGCAACGGUGUUCAAAUUAAAUGGCAAAUUUGUGGAAAGUUGCUUAUAUGCACAUACAACCUUAUAGUUAUCCCAAAGCGAAAUUUUCCUCGUGUUGCAAAAUUGCAGUCCGAUUUAAUUGCAUUCGUUCCAUCUAAUAAUUGCGCAAAAAACAUUGUCUAUCCUCAAAUCCCACACCUUGUCAACAAGAUGUGUUCGCACUGCUUGUUCCCAGUUGUUGGCAAGUCUGGAACAAGUUAAUGUAAUCAUCUUGUAACAAGGUCGAUGAGGCCAACAGACUCACAACAAGUUGUUCCAAAAAGUUUGCACGUAACAAGUGAACUAUAACAUGUAGCCGGGGCUGGAAGAAUUAGAGUAUAUUUAGCUGUUCAAUCAUUAUUUGAAGAUGCAAAAAAGUUGCUCAAAGAACAAGUAGUUUCUGCACGGUUGACAAAUUAGAAGAUAUAUUCCCUUAAAGGGAUAUGGCAUUGAAAAUUAACUUUGUCUUAUUUGAAAGAACUUUUAAAGUUCUGUAUGAAGAUCCUUUACAACUUUUUCGUACCUUCGUACCUUGUUUGGUUUUCAAAAUAUUUUGACCAAAAACAAUGUGCAGUCCGCCAUCUUGAUAUUAGAAUUGACCUAAUUAACUGAGUUUUUGAUGACGUCACAAGCAGGGUAAACAUGUUAAAACUUCUUCAUGUGGGACUAAAUUUCUUCGAAAAGUUUCUUAAAAUGUUGUGAGUUAAUUGAGUACUAAAAAGACUUCGGAAAAUCGAGUUUCAUAUUGAUAAUGACAUGUGGUUUGCAAGAUAAAAAUUUCGCUUUUUACCCUACUUGUGACGUAUGCAUAUCGAAUGAAUAUCCAAGAUGGCGGAAUGCACGCUGCUUUUGAUCAAAAUAAGUCGUUCCACUUGGCUAUGCUAAGAUGAAGAGAUUUUAGAUGGUAAGCCAAAGAGAAAAUAAUGUCUGAAGUUCAGUAAGUUUUGCUUAUAUUGCUGUAUAAAUAUGGCGUCAAUUUUACAGCAUCAAUGAUAAAUUGGACUUUUACAGCAUCAAUGAUAAAUUGGCAAUAUUUAACUAUUAUUUUGUGUUUCUCAACCACCAUAUAUAUUUAAAAAGGUUGCAAAAUGUGUAAACUGCAAAAAUAAAGCUAAAACAAAGUAAUUUUGAGAGGAACGCCAAAAAGAUUUUAGGUUUUGAACACUUUUCAUCGCAAAUAUGUGACAUUGAAAAAAAUUGCCCCUUAAAGGUGCUGUCAAGUCCGUAAUGUAAACAAACGCUUUGUUUACAUUUCGAACUGCUAUAUCUGUAAAAUAUGAUACACUAACUGAAUAUAUAACACUGUUCUGGUUUAGUAUGCUAGUUAGUAGAUGAAUAUAAACCAGAGUUUCAAUUCAGAAAAAGUUCAAAAGAUGCGAAAUUCGGGCAAUGUUUACAUCUGUGGGUCCCCCUUUGUUAUGAGCAGAACCGAUGCGCAGAACGGACUUGACAGCAUCUUUAAUGUUUACAGUCCUAACCACAUGUUAUAGUUCGACUGUUCACCCCUGCGCAGAACGCGUCUUUUGGAUGCGCAGUGGAAUAUAGACAAUGUGUUUGUCUGCGAGUGUUCAUUCGUUGAUGCAAAUGACGGUAUUGUUUAAAACUUUGCCAAAUGGUUUUGCGAUGUAAUUUUGCAACACGCUGAAAAGCAGAAAAGAACAACAAAAAUGACGAAAAAUCAGUGCACAGAGUAUACUAUUUUAUGAAAUGUUUAUAAUAUUUUAAUUAUUGCAAUUAUUAUAAAUAGAUUAUCCAUUAUUUCACCGUAGCGCAUGGUAUAGAAAACUUGUAUUAGUAUAUUUACGAAUCGAUUCGCCACGGCGAACGCAUUUUAUCUAUGAGCUGCUCUGAAUUAAUAAUAUAGCAGGUUGUCGCGUAAUUUUUCAUCGCAAUAUAUUUAUAAGCAGUAUAAACUAUAUGGAGCGCUUUUGAAGCGAAACAAAUUUUUAGUAGAAUUAAAUGUAGAUAGUUUGAAAUCAACGUAAUGUAUUGUAGCAAUUCAGUAUCGUAUAAAUGUAAUAGUAGCAUUAUUGAUGCUGGUCACGUGCGCAUAUCGUGAUUUUUGUAGGAGCGCACGUGCCAAGCAUGCAUAUUUAUGAACGUAUCUUAAAUAUAUCCACAGAGUAACGCUUUGUAGAUACGACAAGUGUAGAUAAAAUGAAAAUUAAAUUAU